CUCGACAAGGAGGCUUUCGGCCACUCCCCCACCUCCCUCUUCCCAGCAUUCCAAGCGGCGGAUAUCGCAAAGAGAUUGUCUCCAGAAGUAAAUGAAUACUCAGGAUGGCACCUAUUUUGGAAUGGAAGAAAAUUAUGAGAGUAGAUCCUGAUGCUUUGCCUCGUCAGGAGGAACUAGCAGAUAGUUUGUUUGAGACUGUGGCCAAGGUUGAUGGUAAUGCUUUGAAAGAUGAGACUCCUGGACAUUUAAUUCAACUUUUUAAAAUUUCUCAAUCAUUAAUGAAGAUGAAAAAUCAAGAAGUAGAACUGGCUCUAGAAGAAGUUGAGAAAGCUGGAGAAGAGCAAGCUAAAUUUGAUAGCACAGCGAUCCACUGGUAGCCGUGAUACUCGAUUUCUGCGUGAUGAAAUUCGCCAAUUGGAAAAACAGUUGUCACAAAAAGACAGAGAAUUAGCAGACAUGGAAAAGGACCUAGAGAAAGAGAAGAAAGCUAAUGAGCAGCUUACUCUUCGAAAUGCAGAAACAGAAAAUGAAAACAGCAAAUUAAGAAGAGAGAAUGAGCAGCUCCGUCAGGAUGUAAUUGACUAUCAGAGACAAUUAGAAACACAAAAAGAAACACUUCUCUCAAGAAGAGGAGAAGAAUCAGAUUACAGGUCACAGUUAUCAAAAAAGAAUUUUGAGCUUGUUCAAUACCUAGAUGAAAUUCAGAAUUUGACGGAAGCUAAUGAAAAGUUGGAAGCACAAAGCCAGGAAAUGAGGAAGAAUUUAGAAGAAUCUGUGCAAGAAAUGGAGAAUAUGACUGAUGAAUAUAAUAAAAUGAAAUUUAUGGUGCAACAGUCUGAUAUUGCUAUGGACCAGCUAAGAAAGGAAAAGGAGCAAUAUAGAUUACAGGUGCAUGAGUUGACAGAGCAACUUAAAGCAAAGAAUGAAGAAGAUGACCCUCUUAUGGCAGCUGUAAAUGAAAAAGUGGAGGAAUGGAAGAGAAUUUUGGCAUCCAAAGAUGAUGAAAUAAUUGAAUAUCAGGAAAUGUUGUUGACUCUGAAAGAGAAGCUGAAGAUGGCCCAGAUGGAUGCUGACAAGAGCAAUAUUCUUGCCCUCCAGCAGGGUGUGCAAGAAAGAGACCGUCAGAUCAAAUUGCUCACUGAACAGAUUGAACAGUAUACAAAGGAGAUGGAGAAAAAUGUAUUGAUCAUCGAGGACCUGAAAAGAGAACUCCAGAAAGAUAAAAGCGGGCUAUCAGUUACUCAUCAGGAUCGUAUUGGAGAAAUGCAAGGAAAAUUACAGAUGCUGGAAGAGAAAUUCAAGGAAACUGAAAGGACAGCAGAACUUGCAGAAGCAGAUGCAAGAGAAAAGGACAAAGAACUUAUUGAAACUCUGAAGCGAGUGAAAGAUUAUGAAACUGGAAUAUAUGGCCUAGAAGAUGCUGUUGCUGAAAUAAAAGGUUUAAAAAAGCAACUCAAAAUAAGAAAUAGUGAAAUUGAAUCAUUAAUUAAAGCAGUUAAUAAACUUGAAUUUAAAAUCAAUGAUCUUCUUGAUGAAAAUGAAGAUCUUCGGGAACAGCUAGGGCUUGAUCCAAAAACAAUGAUUGAUUUAACUGAACUGAAAAAUAGCAAAGCAUUAAAACAACAGCAGUACAAGGCUGAAAAUCAAGUCUUACUGAAAGAGAUUGAAAGAUUAGAAGAAGAAAGAGUUAUCUUGAAACAACAAAUCCGUAAAUUGGCUCAGGAGAAAGGGAGAAGAGCUGCAACUUUAGGACUGGAUGCAGAUGAUCUACAGCUGAUUGAUAAUUUUACUGAAGAUUUGAAGAUGAAAAGAGAGAGAUCUGAGUUAAUGAGUACAUCUAACUUUGAUAAACUUAAAACAAAGAAUGACUACCUUGCCAAAGAAUUAAAUGAACGAGAAAAAGAUUUGGAACAAAACAGGAUUGUAAUAAUGAAAUUGAAAUCCAAUUUGAAAGAGUUAGUACAAGAAAACAAGCACCUUCAACAAGGCAUGAAAGAAAUUUUACAAGCGAUAAAGGAUAUGCAAAAGGAUCCAGGUGUGAAAGAUGGAGAAAAUGCUCUUAUGAUUCCUAGUCUGGAGCGGUUAGUAAAUGCAAUUGAAUUAAAGAAUGCGGAAGGAGCUUUUGAUGCCAGCUUGCAUUUGAGGGCCCAAGUGGACCAGCUGACAGGCCGAAAUGAAGAAUUGCGCAAAGAAUUGAGAGAAUCUCGGAAAGAAGCAAUAAACUUUUCUAACCAGCUAGCUAAAGCAAAUACAGAAAUUGCAAAUCUAGAAAAUGAAAUUGAUAUGCUGAAAAAAUCAGAAGGUGGCAGCAUAGUAUUUAAAUCACUAAAUCUUCCAGAAGGGAUAUCUCCUUCUAGUGUGAACAUAAUUAAUUCCCAGAAUGAAUAUUUAAUACACCUUUUGCAGGAAUUUGAAAAUAAAGAACAGCUCUUCAAAAAAUUAGAAGAGGCAAUAGAAGAAUAUAAGAGAAAAUUUGCAGUUAUCCGCCAUCAACAAGGCUUGCUGUAUAAAGAAUAUCAAAGUGAAAGGGAACACUGGCAAGUUGCUAAUGACAAAAUACUACAGGAAAAGAAAAGAUUGGAGUAUCAAAAGGAGGAAGAUGAUGUAAAAAUAAAGGAAUAUACUGAUUUAUUAGAUGCACUUGAAAAGGAUAGUGAUGAUACUAAACAACUAUUUGUGGAUUAUAGUAGAAAAAUAACUGUUCUGAGAGUCAAUGAAAGAUCAAUGACAAGACAAUACGCAACAUUACUUGAAAUGGAAAGGCAUCUUCGCAAAGAAAAUGAGAAAAUGAAGACUGAGAUGGUAUCAGUGGAGGUGACGGUUCGAGAGAAGAUUGGAUCUUUGCAAAGGUUCAAAGAAAUGGCAACUUUCAAGAUAGCAGCAUUGCAAAAAGCAUUGGAUGACAGCGUACCUCUAAAUGAUCUUGAAAUGGCUAAUAAACAAUAUAAUGAGUUAACUGCUAAAUACAGGGAUAUGCUUCAAAAAGAUAACUUGCUUAUUCAAAGAACAAACAAUGUGGAACGCCUAGAGCAUGAGAACACAUCUUUGAAAAAUCAGAUAGAAUCUUUAAAUAAGGAACUAGAAAUUACAAAAGAGAAACUUCAUACAAUUGAACAAGCCUGGGAACAAACAGCAAAACUUGGAGACAGUACUACAGACAAAGCUACAAAGGCCAUAACCAACAGUGAGAUUGUUUCUAUUUCUAAGAAAAUUACUAUGCUUGAAAUGAAGGAACUAAAUGAACGACAGAGAGCAGAGCAUUGUCAGAGAAUGUAUGAACACCUACGAAAUACAUUAAAACAAGCAGAAGAACGUAACUUUGAACUAGAAACAAAAUUUGCUGAGCUUACAAAAAUCAACCUUGAAGCACAGAAAGUAGAACAGUCUUUGCGAGAUGAACUGUCAAACAGUGUGAGUAAAGGAAUAAAUGAGGUGGAUAAACGUCGAAUAAUGGAGCUAGAGAAAAGUGAAACUGAACUCAAGAUUGAGGCAUCAAAGUUAAGGGAGCUUUCUGAUAUAGCUAAGACACAAGUUACUGCACUGGAGAAUCGGCAACAAUUGAGAGAUAAAGAAGUAGAAUCACUUAGGAUGCAGAUUUUGGACUAUCAGGUACAAUCAGAUGAAAAAACUCUUAUUGCAAAAUUACAUCAGCAUAUUGUGGCCCUUCAGGUUAGUGAGGCUACAGCUAUAACUAAGUUGGCAGCUGCAACAUCAAAACUUCAGAAGACAGAGAUCGCUAACAUGCGCUUAGAGCAGAAACUGGAUGACAAACAGCAAGCAUUAUAUUAUGCAAGACUUGAGGGGAGAAAUAGAGUCAAACAUUUACGCCAAACUGUUCAGUCAUUACGGAGGCAAUUUAGUGGUGCUUUGCCCCUGGCUCAACAGGAGAAGUUCUCCAAGACUAUGAUUCAACUGCAGAAUGACAAACUUAAAACUAUGGAAGAUAUCCAGCAAGCUCAGCAGGAACGACGAAAUGCAGAGAACAAAGCAGUGGAGUUGGAGAUGAAAUUAAAAGGAAUAGAAGAACUAGUAGCCACUUUAAAAGAUGCAAGAGGAGCACAAAAGGUAAUUGAGUGGCAUGUGAAAAUUGAAGAACUUCGCCUCCAAGAACUUAAGCUAAAUCGUGAAUUAUCCAGAAAAAAUGAGGAGAUUAAAUAUUUAAAAAAUAUCUUCUCUGAAUAUGAACAGACAAUCAAUCAUUUGGAAGAAGAACUUGUUCAGCAGGGCAAGUUCCACGAGGAGCGACAGAUGGCCUGGGAUAAAAGAGAAGUAGAAUUAGAACGUCAGCUGGAUAUAUACGAUAGUCAGAAACAGGACAUAUUAAGUACAGCUCAGAAGUUUAAUGAAGCUGCAGGUACAGUUCCAGAUCCUAGCUUGCCUCUUCCACAUCAGCUUCAGCAAGCUCUUAAAACAGUUAGAGAGCAAAGUCGAACAAUUCUGGAAAUGCAAGUCACCUGUAAAUCUGUAGAAGAGAAGCUAAAAGAAAAAGAAGCUGCUUUGUGGAAAGCAGAGCAAAACAUCUUGUCACGAGACAAAGUCAUAAAUGAACUAAGACUGCAAUUGCCAGCAUCAUCUGAAAGAGAGAAAUUGGUAGUACAGCUAGAUCAAAUUGAUGAUUAUACCCACCCUCAUGCUCUGAAAAUUGCACACCAGACCAUUGCAAAUAUGCAAGCUAGAUUAAAUCAGAAAGAAGAAAUUCUGAAAAAGUACCAACACCUUUUGGCCAAAGCACGAGAGGAACAAGAAGAAAUUGCAAAGAAUCAUGAAGAGGACCUCAGAAUUCUGCAUCAGAAAUUAGAUGUACAUGUUGACAGUUCCUUUAAUAAAUUCAAGCAAACAGCUUUAGAGUUGAUUCAAAAGCCUUCUUUAGCUGUUCCAGCAAGUAAACAUUUAAUUCGUCUGGCAGAACUGGAACAAACUAUAGCAGAACAGGACAGCUCCCUUAAUUCCCUUCUCAGCAAAUUAAAGAAAACAUCAUCUGACUUACAGAAGCAAAAACAGAUAACUGCAGUAAAAAUCAAGGAGUUUGAUAACAUCAGGGCCCAGCUUGAGGAGAAGCAUCAAGAUAGAGUUAAAAAACUACAAGAUGAAAUAGAAGAAUUAAGGAGUUUAUUGUCAAAAAUGGGAAAAGAACUACUGAAUGUAAAAAGUGAGUUGGAAAUACAAAAAGAAGCAAAUAACAGGUCUCCAACAACUACAAUGAAGAAUCUAAUGGAGCGACUAAAGAAUCAGCUAGCUUUAAAAGAGAAGCAACAAAAAGCUUUGAGCAAGGCACUUCUGGAACUCCGAGCAGAAAUGACAGCAGCUGCAGAGCAACAGAUAAUUUCUGUAGCAUCACAAAAGGAGGCACAUAUGAAUGUUCAGCAAAUUGUUGACAAGCACACAAAGGAAUUGAGGGGUCAGAUGGAAGAUUUAAAUGACCAACUUUUGAAACAUAAAGAUGCUCUUAAACUAAGCAAAAAUAAGGAGAGUUCUCUGUUAGAUGAUAUGGAUGAUUUAAAUCAAGAACUUCAGAAAAAAAUGAAAGCCUACACUAAAGUUCUAAGGGAGAAAGAUGAUAUUGAAAAAGAGAAUGAAGAACUGAAAAAGCAGAAUAAAAGAUUAACUAAUUCAAUUCAGAGCAAGGCUGAUGAGCAAACUCUGAUAGAUGAACUUCAAAGAAAAAUAAAAAGAAUGGAAACAGAGCUUGGAAAGAAGAGUGAUGAAUCAGAAAAAAAGAAUCCAAGAGAAGAAAGGGCGUUGAAAGGGUGAAAAAGAAAAAAGCGCUUUGCAAAAGAAACUCAAAAGCUGCAGUGUUACUGUUGAUCAUGUAAUAGGAGUCAGAGCAUCUGAAUCAGAGCGAGAGUUGGAAGAGCUUCAUAAACGAAAUAUGGAUCUGGAAAAUGAGAUUGUUCACCUGAAAACACAAUAUGCUGUCCCUCGAGAUACUGUUGUAGAAGAUUUGCACUUAAAAAACAGAUAUCUACAAGAAAAACUACUAGUACUAGAGAAACAGCUUCCCCGAGACACCUGUUCAAGGCCAUCAACAUCAGGGAUAGGAUCAGAUGAUCAACAUCAGAAAGAACAAGAGCUUCAAAAGGAGAAUCUAAUAUUGUCAUCUGAAAAUAUGGAGUUACGAUUCCAGCUAGAACAAGCCAAUAAGGACUUGCCAAGAUUAAAGAAUCAAGUAGCUGAUUUAAAAGAAAUGUGUGAGCUCCUGAAACGAGAAAAGGGAGAAGCUGAACGGAAAUUAGGCAAUGUCAGAGGGGCUGGAAGAAGUGGAAAAACAAUUCCAGAAUUAGAGAAAACAAUUGGCUUGAUGAAAAAAGUUGUAGAGAGAGUCCAAAGAGAAAAUGAAGAGCUAAAAAGGGCGCCUGGAGUAGUCUCAAAUGAAAAAGUUGUCAGACUUGAGCAAGAAAAUGAGGACUUAAGGUCUGAAAUGGAAAAACUGAAACUUCACUUUGGAAGUGAACUAAGUGCACGUUAUGAACUGAAGACUAAAGGCACAGAAAAAAUCAUUGCUGAAAAUGACAGAAUACGUAAGGAGCUGAAAAAGGAAGUAGAAAAUGCAGAAAAACUGCGAAUGGCAAAGAAUAACCUUGAAAUAAUAAAUGGGAAACUGAAUGUGGAAUUGGAAGAGACAACAAAGAAAUUAAACUUAGCAGAAAACAGAAUCCCAAAACUUGAAGAUGCUGACACCAACAACUGGAAAUCUAUUGUUAUAACAAGGAUGUUUGAAAAUAAACUCAAAGAAAUGGAAUCUGAAGUUGCCAGAAAAAACCAAAUCAUUAGUGAUCUUAAACAGAAAUUACAAAAGCCAACAGAGAGUGGAGAAAAAAAUGAAAACUAUAUUGAAGACUACCUUAAAGAACAAGCUGAGGUCCUCAAAAGUGUUCCUGAGGAUACCAAAACAGAGCAAGAAUAUGUCAGAGAAAAUCAACUUCUCCGAUUAACUAAUGAUCGUUUGGAAAAGGAAAAAGCAGAACUAAUUUACUUGAUGGGAUCUUCUAGAAAUCAAACAAAACUUAAAGGAGAUGACCUUGCAGCUGAGAAGACUGGAAACUACAAACUAGUGGCAGAAGUAACAGACCUCAAGACACAGCUUAAAUCUUCAGAUGUGGAACAGCAGCGACUUCAUGAAGAAAUCAAAAAACUUAAAAAUGAAUUAGACCACUUUGAUCCAGCCUUUUUUGAGGAAAUCGAAGAUUUAAAAUAUAACUAUAAUGAAGAAGUUAAAAAGAAUAUUAUUUUAGAAGAGAAAUUGAAAACAGUUUCUGAAAAAUUUGGAGUUCAAGUAGACAUUCCAGGUAGAAUUUCUAUUGACUAAAUAAUACUUGAAGAAAUAUUUCCAAGAAACUUGCCAAUACUGAAUGAAACAUUUGACACAGAAAAUGAAGAAAAACAUCUUUAUGAGUCAGGUAUUUUUCCCCCCACUUAUUUUAAAGUCAAUAAAAUGCGGGUUAUUUCUGC